GCGUGUUGUGACGGCCACCACAGGUUCAAUCACAAAGGAGGAAUCUACAAGGCCAUCAAGUGGAUAAUGAAGAGCUCAGAGUGGCGUUACCACCUACUGACCAGCAGGGGCGCUAGUUCACUAACGGGCCUGGAGAGGAAACGCAAGGCAUUCUGGGACUUUUAGUUCUCAAUGGAGGAUAACACCGCGAAGAACAAACCGAGACAUUAACCACCGAAAACAAAAUAUCAGCCUCGAAUCCAUCCCGAAUAAGAGCCCCGCGUGCGUCCAGUCCGGACGAUUUACGGUGGAUUCAACCGUCCUCCGGAGAAAAGCGGCUCACUUUUGGUGAUAAUAAACAGGAAGUCGUUAGCGUUGUGGGACGUGUAGUUCCGCUUGAAGGCCACCGAGCUUCACAACAACGCGCAGAAUAAAGAAACAACAAUAAAAUAACCCAAACUCCACCCGGAGACCGCGCGCUUGGCCUCGGCGUUGGAGCGAACAUGCCCGGGUUCACGUGCUGUGUCCCUGGGUGCUACAACAACUCGCACCGGGACCGGGACCUGCGCUUCUACACGUUCCCCAAAGACACCACGCUGAGGGAGCUGUGGCUGAGGAACAUCUCCCGGGCCGGGGUCAGCGGCUGCUUCAGCACCUUCCAGCCCACCACGGGACACCGGGUCUGCAGCGUGCAUUUCGCCGGCGGGAGGAAGACCUACACCAUCCGGGUCCCGUCGCUCUUCCCUCUGCGCGGGGUGAACGAGCGCAGGAGUCGGCGGGGCAGAGGGAGGAAAGUGUCCGCGGCGGCGUCGGCGGCGGCGGCGGCGGCGGUGCCUGCCCCCGCCGCCGCCGCCACCUCCGGGAUCGUGCUCAGCAGCGUCCUGGGCAGCACUGCGGAGGGAGCCGAGGGGACCACCGGAGGAGAGGCGAGCGAUGACAGCAUCACCGUGGUGCAGAUAGGCCAGAACGGGGAGUACCUGGGCACGGCGCGGCUGCCCGCCCAGUCGGAGGGGACGUGCUACACCGUCGGCAGCGCGGACGAGCUGACCGCCGACGACUCCUCGGUGGAGACCGGGUCCGCCGCGCACCAGCCGCCCGUGCAGUACGUCAGUGUGACCAGCAGCCCGCUGGACCACUCGUACUCUCUGACCACCGGCACCACGUCGGCCGAGCUGCUGCGGAAGCUGAACGAGCAGCGGGACAUCAUCGCCCUGAUGGAGGUGAAGAUGAAGGAGAUGAAGGCGACCAUCCGACAGCUGCGCGUGGCCGAGGCCAAGCUGCAGGAGGAGGUGCGCGAGCGGGACCGGCUGCUCUACGGGAACUCGGUGGCUUUUAGUGUCCGGAAGAAAAUCUGAUGGGUGAAAACAGCACCGGAGAGCAGCCGGUACAGAGACUCAGACUAACGGAGAGGACACCGCGGGGUUUGAAGGCAGCAGAUCCAGACCUCUUUUGUAUAAAACCACGAGCGAAGACAAUGUAUUUUCAACAAGUAGAGCUGGUUCUCGUUGGCCUGGAGAAAAGAGAAAGUGGGUUGGUUAGUUUAUGUAGCUUGGGCUUUAAUAAUAACAUCAUUGCUAACUACUUAGGAACACGCACAGUCCAAUGUCGACAUACAGCUGAACCAAGAUCGCAUUUCAUUCAUUCAACCAAGACUCAUAGUUUGCACAGACUUACAAUUCAGGCAGGCUUACCCACAAUGGACUGAUGAGGAAUAUGCUCAGAAGCUGCGUAGCUGCAUAGAAAGUUUUUUGUCUUUAAGAUUUCUCUCAUGGUGUUUUUAUUUCCUUGCUUGUGAGUUUAAAUUAGCAGACUGUUGCAAGAAGCGUCUCACUGUAGGUCUGCAGAGGUAAAGUAUGCCAAGAGGAAGCGUCUAAAGGAUUUUUUUGUGAACAAAACACUACUCUUGGGACACUUGAUGUUAGUCAACGAAGCGUCUUUAUCUCAGUUGCCUUUAAAGCUACGUUAAGUUGGUUUCCUUUUACUUUUGUUGCUAAAGACAUUUGAUCAACAGAAAAUGGAAUUUAAGGAAUUCCUUAAAACUUGAAGGGGCACUCAAAAGAUGUAAUCUUAUCAAAAUGUGUUUCUUGACGACAUGUAUUAAGUUUCAUAUGCUCAACCUUUCGGGGGUUUUAACAAAUCUUAGGAGAAGUACAAAGAAAAACAUUUUCUUAAGAUACUUUAUGCAACUUGAAGAUGUGUGUGUGUGUGUGUGUCUGCCCCAGAGGUUGUUCUGUGAAACAGCACUUGCUUGUUUCAGUGUGAUUCAUGUGUCCGAUAUUUCUCCACAUGGACGUUUAAUGGCUGCAUUUCUCUGUCCUGUACAUGAGUGUUUUAUACACAGGAUGUUACGUACAUUUCUGAUUUUUGAACUUGUUCUGACAGCUAUGCUCUCAUUUUGAAGUAAAUUUCAUUUUGAAAUGGUGCCGAUUCCCAAUGAAUGAUGUCUCAGUACAUGAAACGUUUCCUGAUUUUAUCCAGUGUCACAGUUACAAAGUUCAGAGUCAGAUGGUCCUGAAGUAUUUUUAUUGCUUUUACCUUCAAGUUGAGGGCUUUUAGCUGAAACCAAAUGGGUCACAAUCAUCUGUCUCAGGCUUUUGUUGGACUUUCUCUUAGGAAAGAAGAGCAAAUUUGAAAUUUCCAGUAACUUGAGCUUUAGGAUUUUUAUUCCAGCUGUGUUAAAUUGUGAAAAACUUAAAACAGUUUGCAUCAAAGCAAAUCCCAAAUCAUAAAGAGUCAAAUCUCAGGGUUGCUGCCCUGUUUUUUUACACCUGUUGGGUGACCUGGUGCUGAAAACCUCACUCAGCAUUUAGCUACUCCGUCAGUGUUAAGAGAGUUUCCUGAGGAAGAUAUGGCCUUAUUAAGAUGAACGUGAUGGAUGUGAUGAAGUGUGCAACCCAUUGUUUUGGCUUGCUUCUGAAAUAUUACUUGUACUUGGAGUUAUUUGUUGAAAAACAACAAAAAGGCACUGAUACUCCUGUUCAUGUUUUUCUUAGGACUGUAAAUUAGGGUUAGCUUUAUUAUGGAUGUAUGCAGGAAUUACAAUAGCAGAUUAAGGAAUUAGUUAGGCCAUAACAUGUCCAUCAAAAGAUACCAGAGGAUAACAAUUGUGUCACAGAUUGCUUUUAUUGGUCAACAUUAAAAAAGAAAAUGAUAGUUAGUUUUUUAAAGCAGCAAAUCAUCACAUUUGAAGAAACAUCAAGCAAGUGAAAAGUUCUAAACAAAUGUGAAAUUGAAAAUCACAUACAACAGUUAAUUGUGUGUCAAAAGAUGGAUUCUGUGUUGAUCAUCUUGACUAAUAAUUUCAACACAGUCUCUGGUUGUGUUUGUUAAUUUACUUGAUUUGUUCAUAGGUUCGUUAGAAGACAACAAGUAGUAAAUGUGUCAGAUGUUGCAGCAUAUGGUUCUCCCUCUAGAUGGCAGUGGCAUAAAAGCUUGAAGAGCAGGAGGUUUAGCUCCUGUCCAUGAGGCCUAAUUUAUCUGUCGAUGUGUGUUGGAAGCUCUGAUGGUCAUUUGCUUAAUUGUUACUCAUAUUAAAGCAGUGAAAUAUUGAAUGUCUUAAUGUGAUUGUAAAGCUGUAAAGCAGGUACUCCACGCAAACUUAAAAAUCCAUCAUUUUGAACACCCGCCGUGGUAAUGUGUCACAUGAAACAGAGAAAGAGGAGAAGCCCGAUGAAUGGAUAGACAGAGAGCAUUGGAGAGAGCGAGGAUCCAGAUCCUAAUCUCAUCUGGAUUUAUUUUUUUUGUACUCCCAACAGUGUUGCAUAAUGCCUUAAUCCCGCGCCGUCGAUCAAAUUUACACAACUCUAUCUUCCUUUUCAAUGGCUGCUGCCUUCACCACGGCCGCCUUUACGUUGUUUUGUCAUUUGAGAUCAACUAUGCAAUGUGAAUGAACUAAAACAGUGUAAGCAAUAUGUAAUCCUGAAAUCCAAUGUUUGACAUCAGACUAUGUAUAUGCAGUACAUCUGUGCAUGGAAAAACAGGUUGCCAUGUUUAAUAUCUCUAUAGGGCUUAUUAUUCAACAA